CUGAUGGGGAAGACUUUGUGGCUGUAGAUGGCCUUCAGAUGACAUUCCAGGCAUUCCAGAACAGGGUUUGCACCAGUGUUACCGUCAAUGAUGACGAAAUGCUGGAGCAGACAGAGUCGUUCAUUGCAAGAAUAAACAUCACCCAUCCUCACAGUCACAUUUCACUGGGCGUUUCAUCAGUGGAGAUCACGAUAGUUAACGACGAUGAGGCCACUGUGGGACUGGAGAAUACGACAUAUACUGUGAUGGAAAAUGAGUUGAAACUCUAUGUGUGUGUGGUAGUGCAUGGUCCUCUCAUUGGCUGUCCUAUUUUCUUCCCCUUUGAGUUGCUGUUUGUCCCAACUCUGGCCACUGCAUUCCAAGGAAGUGAUUAUAGGGUGAGAGACCCAACUCUGUGGUUUGGUGCGUGCGCUAUGAGGCAAUGUCUGACGGUAGACAUAAUUGAUAAUAAUCUCAUUGAAGACGCUGAAACCUUUACCCUCACCCUAAAACACCCGCCUAGAGGAAGCACAGAUGAUAUCGUGCUAGACCCUACAGUGGCUACUGUUACCAUCGAAGACGAAGAUGCGGCGAUUGUCACUUUUGAUAGAACGGAGUACAGUGUCCAGGAAACAAGUGGUAGUCUAGCAAUCUGUGCAAGAGUGGUCAGCCCUGCAGUGUCUUGUCCAGUUGCUACACCCUUCUCCCUGACUUACUCGUUUCCGAUGGAACUGCCU